CAUUGGAAAACAUAUUUCCAAUAGCCUUAGGAAAACUGCUAAGUAGCAAAAUUACAUUUAUGAAAUAACAAAAAUAAAUGUAUGGCUGGCAGCUCCCAGGAUCAUGGGAAAUAUGUGGUUUCUGAGGGUCAUGACCGAUGGGUUGAGAGAUAGGAGAUAGGAGAUGGAAAAACAGGCCCCUGAGCUACCUCAAAAACUAGGAAGAGCCUUCCAGUCAAUUGCUGCUCAGCAACAGGCAACAGCUUUCCAGAGCUCACGGCUACUGUGCCCACAGCUCCAUGGCCACACACCUGUUCCUCCUGGGCCUUUUCCUGCUGCUGCCACAACCCGUCCCUGCUCCCUGCUACACUGCUACUCAGUCGGAAUGCCAACAGAAGCACAAGUUUGUGCCAGGUGCGUGGUCGGCUGGGGAAGGUGUAGAUGUGACCACCCUCCGCCGAUCCGGCUCCUUCCCUGUGAACACACAGAAGUUUCUGAGGCCUGACGGCACCUGCACCCUCUGUAAGAACGCCCUGAUGAAAGAUAAUAUACAACGCCUGCCCUUGGCAAUCACCCACUGGCGGCCUCACGGCUCAGGCUGUCAGCGUAACGUGGCCAGAGCCAAGGUCAGCUCCACGGAGGGUGUGGCCCGUGAGGCAGCUUCUAACAUCAAUAAUGACUGGCGCUUGGGGCUGGAUGUGAACCCCCACGCUGAGGUAAACGUGCAGGCAUCCAUGGCUGGCUCCCACUCCAACGUAGCCAACUUUGCAGCCGAGAAGGCCCAUGAGGACCAGUACACCUUCAGUACUGAAACAGUGCAGUGUCAACUGUACAGCUUUCGCCUGGUACAAAAACCCCCGCUGCACUCCGAUUUCAGAAGGGCACUCAGGGACCUUCCCCCCAACUUCAACACCUCGACAAAGCAUGCUUAUCACAGGCUCAUCUCCUCCUAUGGCACCCACUUUAUUACCGCUGUGGACCUAGGUGGCCGCAUCUCGGCCAUCACAGCCCUUCGUACCUGUCAGCUGACCCUGGAUGGGCUCACAACUGAUGAGGUAGAAGACUGCCUAAACGUGGAGGCCCAGGUCAGCAUCGGCGCCAAGGGCAGUGCCUCAAGUGAACUCAAAGCUUGCGAGGAGAAGAAGAAAGAGCACAAAAUGGCCACCUCUUUCCACCAGACCUACCGCGAGCGUCAUGUCGAAGUGGUCGGUGGCCCCCUUGAUUCCACCCAUGACCUGCUCUUCGGGAACCAAGCUACACCUGAGCGCUUCUCAGCCUGGAUAACCUCACUGCCAGCCAGGCCUGGUCUGGUGGACUACAGUCUAGAGCCCCUGCACAUGCUCCUGGAAGACCUGGACCCGAAGCGGAAGGCACUGAGGCAGGCUAUCAGCCAUUAUAUAGUGAGCAGGGCUCGCUGGCGGGACUGUAACCGGCCCUGCAGGGAAGGCCAGCGCAAGAAUACUCAUGAUUCAUGCCAAUGUGUAUGCCACGAUUCGAAGGUCACCAACCAGGACUGCUGUCCACGCCACAGAGGCUUGGCCCAUCUGGUGGUGAGCAAUUUCCAGGCAGAGAAUCUGUGGGGAGACUACAUGUCAGCUACUGAUGCCUAUCUGAAGGUCUUCUUUGGUGGCCAGGAGCUCAGGACCAAUACAGUGUGGAACAAUAACAGUCCCAAGUGGGUUGACCGGUUGGACUUUGGGAAUGUCCUCCUGACCACGGGGGGACCCCUGAGAGUACAGGUCUGGGAUGCUGACAAUGGCUGGGAUGAUGACCUUCUUGGUAGUUGUGACAGGCUUCCCAAGUCUGGAUUCCAUGGGGUGAGUUGUGGCCUGAACCAUGGCCGUGUAAAAUUCUCCUACCACGUCAAGUGUUUGCACCAUCUCACUGGAGAAACCUGCCUGCAGUACGCCCCUCAGGGGCUUCUUGGAGAUCCUCCAGGAAACCGCAGUGGGGCUGUGUGGUAAAAAAAAAAAAAAAAAAA